GUAGCCUACUGAUUCGAUGCGGUGUGAAAAUGGAAACGAAAACGGCAGAUGAAUCGGUCGAUGGGCCAUAUUAUCUCGAAAAAGUCUAUAUACCCUUGGACUCUGAGGAUGACUAUCAAUACGAAGAAAUUCUGGCUGACGACAUGAUCAGCAUAACCGAAGGCGAUGAAGAUCUAGAAGCAGCCGUGAAAGCUGUGAGAGAUAAAGAUGAUGACUUGAUUACACAGAGGGUUAGCUCGGCAAAGCAGCCAGUUUCCCAUAUUCCUGAGGCUGUUGACGACUUUUUCCGUAACUGGCUCGUGGAAAUGGGCAUGACCAGGACUUUAGAUUGCUUCCAGACAGAGUGGUACGAAAUGCAGCAAAGAGGCUUGUUAAAAAUAGGCCAGGUGGAUUUUGUUCCUGAUGCCUACUCUCACAACCAGCUCCUAGACAACGAGCUCAGAAAUGUUCAGAAAGAACGAAACAGCUACAAGCAAGCAGCCCUUAAAGCAGCUGAAACGCUCGUUAAACUUAACAAAGAGAGGGACUUCCAUCGUUUGCAACACAAGCGAGUGGUUCAGGAAAAGAACAGACUCAUCGAAGAUAUCAAAAGACUGAAAAAACACUACGCAUCUUAUGAACCUGCCCUCCGGCAGCUGACCGACAAGUAUCAAGUGUCGUUGAAACAAAAGAUGCUUGUCAGUUUGGAGAGAGACCGAGUCCUUGGCCACGUGCACAAUUUGGAGGCAACUUUACGCAACGCGCACUCCUCUCCAGCGUUACGCAGUGUACCUAAGCAAGGAAAUGACAAAAAUCAGCAGAAUGCAGAGAAAGGAACAAAGCCUCAGAACAACACCGGAAGUCCCUGCAACUCUGCAACAGAUCUGAGCUCAAACACUAAACACCCCAAGGAUUCAGAGUUCCCUGCCAGCAGCCGUGUGAACCCUUACCUUCCCCAGAUCAAGGCUGUAAUAGCACAGGGAAACAAGAGCCCAUGCUGCUCAUUGACCACUUGUGUGAAGGCCCACAGUAUGCCAAUCAGCUGUCUUGCGCUUCACCCUCGCAAGAUGAUUGUGGCCACCUCGAGUGAUGACCACCGGUGGCGCCUGUGGGGGCUGCCCGCUGGGGAGAUGAUCAUGACAGGGGAGGGCCACAGCGAUUGGCUCUCCAGUUGCUGUUUCCAUCCCAAUGGCGGAGGUCUGGCCACUACUGGGGGCGACACCACUGUGAAGAUCUGGGAUUUCGCCCAGGGCCGCUGCGUCCUGACGCUGGAAGGCCACACCCACGCCACCUGGGGCUGUUCCUUCCACUCCUGCGGAGACUUUGUGGCCUCCUGCUCCAUGGACAACACCACCAAGGUGUGGGACCUGAACAGCGAGAGGUGCCGCUACACUCUGCGUGGCCACGUCGACUCGGUCAACAACGUGGUGUUCCUGCCAUUCUCCAACACGCUCCUGACCUGCUCCGCUGACAAGACCCUGUCACUGUGGGACGCGCGCACAGGCCUUUGCGCCCAAACCUUCUACGGCCACCAGCACUCUUGCAACCACGCCGUUUUCAACAGCCUAGGAGACACGAUAGCCUCCUGCGACUCCUACGGGGUGGUCAAGCUUUGGGACGUCAGGAAGGUCUCCGCCAUGCUUAGCGUGGACACCGGACCUCACCCCAGCAACCAGGUGACAUUCAGUCCGUGCGGGCGACGCCUGGCUGUGGCCAGUAACGACAGCACGGUGAAGCUGGUUGACCUCGCCUCGUCGCAGGUGACCAGUCUGACCGGACAUGAGGAUGCAGUGCAGAGUGUAAUUUUUGAUCACAAAGGAAAUAUUUUGAUGUCUGCAGGAUCUGAUGGUACCAUUCUAGUCUGGUCUUAGAUAUACUUUCUAAGAAUAAAGCACAUUAUCAGUUGAGUAAAGGUGUUUGGAGCUGUGUUUACCAUGAUGGCCUUGGCAACACAUCACUCCUUGUGUUUAUUCUCUAUGCUUCAUCAUAAACGAGCAAGCAGUUAGUAUAAUUAAAAAUGCACUAGAUUGCUGAAAAUGACAAUAUUCUAUGAUUUGAGUUUUACAAACAAUAAAAUAAAAUCGUAUUUCUCUGGAAACAUGCAUGUGAAGCUCACUCAAAU